AGUAGCACGCGUUCGUGUACAACGUAACAUAACACUUUUACUUUUAAUGGGUUAUGUCAUUGGUGAACCAUCAAGAACCAGAGAUGUGUCGGCGGUACGUCGCGACAGUGAAAGUCAGUAGUUCAUGGUUCAUACAAUAAUCUAUUUGUUUUGGUUUAGAAAAUUUACUGGUUAAUAUUUUGAAAAUAAUGAUAUUUUAAUGAUACCCGCAUAGUUACUGUGAAAUAAAAUGAUUUUUGUGACUUUGAGUUAAAGUGAUUCGUAUUGUGACAUGAAGAAGAUAUAGGUAUUGAUGGUGUGGAGUGUUUUGUUAAUUUUUAUCAAGAAAAGGCUAGCAUCUAGAAAUGACGACAUGGAUCGGUGUGAUAAGUUUUCUAGUAAUUCUGUGUUGUUCCUGGUUGCCUGGGUCUCUAGCUACCUAUAAUGUCGGAGUGGGUAGAGCAGAUUGUACAGGACCUACAGCAGAAAUUACAUUUAUGGGUUAUGCCAAACUGACUCAGAAAGGUUGUGGACUACAUCUGAGACAAUUUGCUAGAGCCUUUAUAUUUGACGAUGGCACCUCUAGGGUGGUUUUUGUGUCUAUCGAUGCUUGUAUGGUGGGCUACAGUUUGAAAAAUGCCGUGGUUAAAAAGUUGAAAACACUUUAUAACGACACCUACACUCACGAAAACUUUAUUUUGAGUGGCACUCACACUCAUGGUGCUCCUGGUGGCUUUCUAGUUGAUGUUUUGUAUGACAUCACCGAACUGGGAUUUUGUGCUGAUACCUUCAACGCCUACACCACAGGUAUCUUUAAUGCUAUUAAGAAAGCACACGAGAGUCUGGUAGAGUCUCACGUAUACAUAACAUCAGGUGAAGUACACGCCAACAUAAACAGAAGCCCAGCUUCAUAUGAUCAAAAUCCAGAAGAAGAAAGAAACAAAUACAAAUAUAACACUGACAAAACAUUGAGGCAAUUAAAGAUCGUCCGAGCUUCCGACAAUGAAUUAAUCGGUGCAAUCAAUUGGUACGCUGUUCACGCUGUUUCUAUGAAUAAUAGUAAUUGCUUGGUGACAUCAGACAAUGUCGGAUACGCCUCUAUAUUGUUGGAAUCCGAAUACAAUACAAACAGCGUCAUUGGACAGGGGGACUUCGUGGGUGCCUUCGCGUCCAGCAACCUAGGUGACGUCAGUCCCAACCUGAACGGCCCCGUCUGCGUCAACACUGGCGAGGCCUGCGACUACGUGACCAGCACGUGCGGGGGCGAGAACAAGUACUGCAUCGCCUCGGGACCGGGCAAGGAUAUGUUCGAGAGCGCGGAGAUCAUCGCCACGAGGCUCUUCAGCAAAUCCAAGGAACUUCUUAGUAAUGAAACAGCACAGGAGUUAAGUGGUCCAAUCAAAUUCAUUCAUCAAUGGGUCGAAGUACCAAAACAAGCUGUAGAUAUUCAAUUAGAAAAUGGUACAAUUCAAACCGUUAAAGGAUGUCUUCCAGCCAUGGGUUAUAGUUUUGCAGCUGGUACAACCGACGGACCGGGCGAGUUUGACUUCAAACAAGGUUCCAGUACUGACAAUCCCUUCUGGAAUAUCGUCAGAGACUUCGUUUUUCCACCCACCACCGAAGACAUCAACUGUCACUAUCCCAAACCCAUCCUAAUCGCAUCUGGAAGGAUAAAAGUUCCUUACAAUUGGCAACCGGAAAUAGUAUCUACCCAAAUCCUGUUGCUGGGAAAUUUUGCCCUUGUUGGUGUUCCGGGAGAAUUCACCACCAUGUCGGGGAGACGGAUGCGUGACGCUGUCAAAAACGUCAUAGUAGACAGUGGCGGAGAUAGUAGCACCGAAGUAGUCAUCGCGGGAUUGAGCAAUACCUACACUAGCUAUAUAGCUACUUACGAAGAAUAUCAGCUUCAGCGUUACGAAGGGGCCUCGACUAUUUUUGGCCCGCACACACUUCAAAUUUAUCUGUCGAUUUACAAAACGUUGGCGGAAGCUUUGAUAAAGGGCCAGAAAGUGGACGCCGGUCCCGUUCCAGACGAUCCCGACAAAUCCAAGCUGUUAUCCCUGAUCACCCCCGUUAUUUUCGACUCUUCCGGCUGGUUCUGGAACUUCGGCGACGUCCUGCAACAGCCGCCGAAAUCGGUUAAAGUGAACGACACCGUCUCGGUUAAAUUCAUAGCGGGGCAUCCCAGAAACGAUCUGAUGCUGGAAAAGACUUUUCUCGCUGUGGAAAAACUGGGUGAUGAUGGGAAAUGGAAUGUUGUGGCAACGGAUGCGAAUUUCGAGACAAGAUUUAUAUGGACUCGAACCAGCUUUAUCAAGGCGGGUAGUGAAGUGGAGGUACAAUGGCAAGUCAGGAAUGGAGCUGAAUCCGGUACUUACAGAAUUAAGCACUACGGUCACUACAAAUCACUACUAGGUGGCAUAUAUCCUUAUCAAGGUACCAGUCAUAAUUUCACUGUUACAUCUAGCUGAUUUUUAAGUUAUAUCAAUUUUUGUGCCAUAUUUGUGAUAUUUUUUAAUUUUUUUCUAAUAUACAGGGUGGUCCAAACUGUAUUCUGGAAAUUUCGGCAGCAUAUUCUGCAUAUAAAAAUAAGUAAAAAAGUUCGUAAAAAUAUAUGUCCCAAAGUAACGUCAAUAUUUGGAUGAAAAUUGGUGUCUGGGAGUUUUUGACAUGAGAAAUUUGAUUUUGAUUUGUCAAUAUGACUCCUACUUGUAGACAACGCUACCUACAUAUUUUUUAACUGGUUUGAAGGGUAAUCACUUUUUGUCCGCACCUGUAUAAAACUACUGGGUGAAAAAAGAUACAUUUAGACGAAAAAUUUCGGAAAAUAUAAAUUUUCCGAAAUUUUGAAAGCAUCUUAUAACAUACAUUUAUACGAACUAUUUUACUUAUUUUUAUCUACAGAUGCUGUCGAAGUUUCCGGAAUACAGUUCGGACCACCCUGUAUAGGCAUUUUUCUUUAGUUAAGUAGAACAUAUACCAAAUAUGUUAAAACAUAGUUAUUUUUGAUAAAAAUGCUAAAAGUAAUGUGCUCUAAAAUGCUAAAAGAUGUGUUUUUCAUCCUUUUGAGCAAAAUAAAAUUACUUUAGCACCUACGAAUUUAUUUUUACGUUCACAAAUUUUCAAUAAUUUACACAUUAAAUGAUCGUACAAGUAUCUUCAAAGCAAAACGAAAAAACUUGAAAAUAAAAAAUGAAUUUCGUUGAAAAUGCUGAAUGAAUUUCAAUAUUUCUCCACAAUUUUGUCUUGUAAUUUAAUAUUUUUUUACUUCUAGUAUUAAAUUAUUAAUUUUUAAUAUAAAAUUAUUUCUUUGUUUAGUUCAUUCUUGUUAUAUUUUGAUUAAUUCAGGUAGACUAAGUGAUAAGCAAAGAGGCUGUAAUAAUACAUAAUGUGAUCAGUAGUGUAGCCAAGAUAAUUAGCAGCGAAGAGCCAUUUUUUUAGUCUUUAUAAAUGAUGGAUAUUAUUAAUAAUAAUUAUUAAAAGUACAGUUGUUAUUUUAGGAUAAUAUUUUAAAGCCCCUUUCUGGCUUUCUCUUGGUUACGCCCCUGAAUGAACGUAACUAAUACAAUAAUCUUGCCAAAUAAAUACAUAUUAAUUUAUUAAUA